AAAAAUGUAUUUACCUUGGCCAUGAUUCGCUCAUUGCGACACACUCAAUUCAAUUUCACUCUUCCAACCCAAAAUCGACAAAACCCUGCCGAACCAAACCUAGGAGUCUGGCUAACAUUCUCUUCCACAUUGACCCUUCCUGCCUUAUCGGUUAUGAUUGCCAACCCUCCAUAUUAGUAUGGCCACACCGCAUUCAACUCGCGAAACCAUACCCGCCCACACCCAAGUCGAAUCCCAAUCCCCUGCCCAAGACUGUCCCACCCUCCGCCUUCGCCAGACCCAAGAAACUGCCGUUCACGAAGAUCAGGAGGAUAAGAAGGUCCAGUGGUCCAAGGACACGGUCGACAAUGAAGGUAUGGGCAAGAAGAAGAGCAAAUGCUGUUGUAUCUACGUGAAACCUCGACGUUUCGUGCCCGGAGAGCCGGAGGUGAGCUCGGGCGACGAAUCCUCCGACGACGAGUGCGCUCAUUGUCCCGGACAUCACGGAAAAGAUCUCCGUGAACCCGAGCCUCAAGAUCGAGCGAAAUAG